ACCAACACUUCCUUCUUACCUAAACCAAACUAAAGCCAACCAACAUCAUGGUCAACUCCUGCUGUGGCUCUGUCUCCUCUGGCUGUUGCCAGCCUAGCUGCUGCCAGUCCAGCUGCUGCCAGCCCUGCUGUGGCCAGUCCAGCUGCUGCCAGCCCUGCUGUGGCCAGUCCUGCUGCUGCCAGCCCUGCUGCCCACCCAGGUGCUGCCUGCCAGUCUCCUGCCAAACCACCGUGUGCCGCCCAGUGAGCUGUGUGCCCAGGUGCAACCGCCCCAUCUGUGACACCUGUUGCCCCCGUCGCUGCUGCCCCCCUCGCUGUGGACAGGAUGGAUGCUGUUGCCCCAUCUCCUGCUGCCCCACCUCCUGUACAGCUGUGGUCUGUAGACCCUGCUGCUGGGCUUCCACCUGCUGCCAGCCCAUUUCUGUGCAAUCUCCUUGCUGCAGACCUCCUUGCUGCCAGCCAGCCCCCUGCCGCACCACCUGCCACACCUGCCCCACCUGUUGUUCCUCCUGCUCAAAACCAAAACCAAGCAAUACCAUGGUCAGCUCCUGCUGUGGCUCUAUCUCCUCUGGCUGCUGCCAGCCCAGCUGCUGCCAGUCCAGCUGCUGCCAGCCUUGCUGUGGCCAGUCCAGCUGCUGCUGUCCACCCAGGUGCUGCCUGCCAGUUUCCUGCCAAACCACUGUGUGCCGCCCAGUGAGCUGUGUGCCCAGGUGCAGCCGCCCCAUCUGUGACACCUGUUGCCCCCGUCGCUGCUGUCCCCCUUGCUGCGGACAGGACGGCUGCUGCUGCCCUAUCUCCUGCUGCCCCACCUCUUGCACAGCUGUGGUCUGCAGACCCUGCUGCUGGGCUUCCACCUGCUGCCAGCCCAUUUCUGUGCAAUCCCCUUGCUGUAGACCCCCCUGCUGCCAGCCAGCCCCCUGCCGCACCACCUGCCAUAGCUGUCCCACUUGCUGCUCCUCCUGCUGCUGAGCCUCACUAGCAACUAACAGAAGGCAGAAUUAUUUUUUUCAACAAAUCCCUCUACCUUCUACCAUGCCCCUCUCUACCCAUUACAAGUUCCACUGCCCUCUACUAUGAGGUUUUUUUGUGGUUUCUUGAAAAGCGACUCAUCUAUUGACCAUCUUACAAGAAUUAAUCCAACUCUAGAUGAAAUACUUACUUCAUCCCACCUCCAACUGUAACAGAUGGCUGCCAACUCGAGACUUGGUUGGAAAAAUUGUCACAGAAAUCACUAAUGUUUUUCAAGAGGUUUAUUGAUGCUGAAUAGUAAACCAAACUUUUUAAUAAGAAUGAAGAUCUCUACUGUACCCUAAUAUAUUUGAUUAUUUCAUCAAAUAAUGCUCUAGCCCUCUGACCUGCCUCACCUAUCCUCACAAUAGCUUGUGCUUUAGAUUGUGCUGCCUCUCUCUUCUCCAAUAAACUUAUCUUUUCCAGCAUAAAAACAAUGUAGUUCUUGUUCUUUUCAUUUCAGUGGGGCUUCAUAAAUGAAUAUAAAGAGUGGUAGACAUGAAAUGCUAACCCUGCCUCAGGCAUUUACAAGCUGCCCAGGACAUUGGGCAAGUCUUUUAAUUUCUUCCAGCUUCAUUUUUCUUA